UUGGUGGGUGGAAGGAAGUUUAUGAAGAUGGGUUGGUGUGGGCGACAUCCAUUGUCCUCUCCGACGAAGAAGGGAAGUUUGAAAUGCCGGCAGUUCAAAACACGAACUUCCGACCAUGAAUUUAUAUAUUCUAUCUUGAGUGAUUUUAAAAUAGAAAACAGACCCAUCAAAAGCGAUUAGCCUCACGUAACUACUUCCAUCGCUAUUAUUAGCUUCCUAUUUAUAUAUAUGUUCUUAUUACCUCUGCUUUCCAAGAACACCCACUUCUACUCUCUGCUUCUUCUGCUGUGUUUAACCCCAAACUCACACGAAUUAUUGGCUGUUUUUGAAAAUAUUAAGGUUCCCCCAUCUGUUAUUACGAACCUCUGGAGUCAGUAGGGACUCUUGAAGAGAUCGAGUCAAAAUGGUGGAAGGAGGUGCUGCAAAGGCAGACAAGGCAGAGUGUUUAGAGUGUUGGCAAACAACAUGGAAGACACCUUACAUUAUGCGCCUUGCUCUGUCUGCUGGGAUCGGUGGUCUCCUUUUCGGAUACGAUACUGGUGUGAUCUCUGGGGCUAUGCUCUACAUCAGAGAGGACUUUGAAGUUGUUGAUAGGAAAACAUGGCUACAGGAAACCAUUGUAAGUAUGGCUGUAGCAGGUGCUAUCGUGGGUGCUGCAAUAGGUGGCUGGAUGAAUGACAAAUUUGGACGAAAAAAGGCGAUUAUAGUCGCUGAUGUAGUGUUCUUCCUUGGUGCAAUUGUCAUGGCUGUUGCUCCUUUUCCCGGUUUCAUUAUCGUCGGGAGACUUAUAGUUGGGUUCGGGGUCGGAAUGGCGUCCAUGACAGCUCCUCUUUACAUAUCAGAAGCUUCCCCUGCUAGAAUUAGGGGUGCUCUUGUUAGCACUAAUGGCUUGCUAAUUACAGGAGGGCAAUUCCUUUCCUAUUUAAUCAACCUGGCCUUCACUAAGACCAAGUUAACAUGGCGUCUGAUGCUUGGAGUAGCAGGAGUGCCACCUCUGGUUCAGUUUGUUUUGAUGUUAUCGCUGCCUGAGUCUCCUAGGUGGCUUUACAGACGGGAUAAAGUAGAUGAAGCAAGAGCCAUACUGGAGAAAAUCUAUCCAGCUGAUCAAGUUGAGGAUGAGAUGAGACUGUUGCAUGAAUCUGUGGAGACUGAAAAGGCAGAAGAAGGAGCUAUUGGAGAUGGCAGUAUCAUAGCCAAAGUGAAAGGUGCUUUGAGCAACCAAAUCGUCCGAAGAGGGCUCUACGCCGGGAUCAUGGUGCAAGUAGCUCAGCAGUUCUGUGGUAUCAACACUGUCAUGUACUACAGCCCAACCAUCAUCCAGUUUGCUGGAUAUGCUUCCAAUACGACAGCCAUGGCGCUUUCUCUCGUUACUUCCUUUCUCAACGCUGCUGGCUCCGUUGUUAGCAUGGUAUCGGUUGACAGAUAUGGUAGAAGACGUCUUAUGCUCAUCUCGAUGAUAGGGAUUAUCACCUGCCUUGUGGUGUUGGCUGGAGUGUUCUUCCAAUCUGCUCAUCACUCUCCGCCCGUCAACGCCUUGGAAUCUUCUCACUUCGGAAGCAACUCCACUUGUUCAGCUUAUGCCUCAGCUCCAGAUGCAUCUUCAUGGAAUUGCAUGUCAUGUUUGAAGCAACAAUGUGGCUUCUGUGCCAAUGGAGAUAGUGAGUAUCUUCCUGGAGCAUGCUUGGAUUUGACAAAGGAUGUGAGGAGUUCAUGUCGGUCGAAGCACCGAGUAUGGUUCACGGAAGGCUGCCCGAGCAAAAUAGGGUUCUUGGCUGUGGUGGUGAUGGGGCUUUACAUCAUUUCAUACGCACCUGGAAUGGGAACAGUUCCCUGGGUGUUGAACUCUGAAAUUUACCCACUCAGAUACAGAGGAACCGGAGGAGGAAUCGCUGCAGUUUCAAACUGGAUUUCGAAUCUGAUUGUGAGUCAGACAUUUUUGACAUUGGUGGAAGCUCUUGGGGCCGCUGGUACAUUCCUGCUGUUCGCAGGAUUCUCAUUUCUUGGACUCAUUGGUAUCUAUUUCUUGGUACCUGAAACUAAAGGGCUGCAAUUCGAAGAGGUUGAAGAGCUCCUCAGGCAAGGGAAGAAAUAUAAGAGCAGCAGAGACCAGAGGGAAGUUUCUGCACAAUAAUCCUUCAGAAUUGACGCGAACUUUGAUUUAUAACUAACUAAAUGUUUCUUUUGGUGUUCCUUGUGAGAAACUUUUAAUAAGUUGGAAUAAAUUAUGGUUUGUGUGUGUUCUUGUUACUGGUUUUUGGUUGAAUUUGUGUUUAUAAAGACUCUGAUGCUCACAUUUGAGAUUAAGCCCAACAACAACUAAUUAAGAACUGAUUAAUAAAGGCAUUAAACUAGGCUAAUUAACUAACAUUUUGUCCUACAACAGUUCAUAUGCAUCCCGACUCCAGUUUCACCCUGGAAAACAACCGAGGUUCAUUAUUGUUUUACUCUGGAUGAAAGAGUUUGGAAGGGUACCCCUUCAGCUGAAGGACGCCGACACUCGGGUCAUGUAGAAAAAACAUACCUGCUGCUCUGCCCGCUAAUAAUUCACUCCUAAACGACAAGAGGCAGUAAGAGACUUAAACCCUACAAAAUAUUUUUAAAUCUAUGGUGGGGCAUCCCACAGAGCACAGCUUGUGGCCUUCGACAGAGAUGAUGGGUUUAUGUUCAUGAAAAUUCAAAGCCAUG